CUCCUGGCCAGUCAGUGUUGUCGGCACGGCCAAACUCCCAUGGUGUGUUGUGGUGAACGUAGCCUCAAAUAAUAAUAAAAAAAAAAGGAGCUAGAUAAUAACCCCACUAGUGAUUCUUGCUUUUUUCCCUAAGGUGUGUUUUUUUCUGUGUUUUUUGUCACUACUGGAUAAAAUCUCUGGCAUCCGAAGACAACUGCCUGGAUUUACCACUGUCUUUGGGAGAGGCUAAUCGACAGGAAGUUCUCGCUCAGCAACAUGGUUUGCGUGUGAUGGUGUGUGAGGAGGUGCGUCAUGGGGGAGCCGCUGGAGGCAGUGGAGGGGUCGGACUCGGAGAUCAGUCGUCUGUUCCCCAAGUGCCGGCCACGCUCUGCCAACCACACGCCCACCACAACGCCCAUUGAUACCAGGCGCUCUGACCUCAACCUUAAUUGUGUCCUAGACUCAGACGACAACGAGAACUACGAUACUGAGCAUACCACUGGUGAUAUUCCGAGAAUCUACGAUAACUCAAAGCUGAGUCGCGAUAGUGGUAGCAGUGGCCGCAUGUCUGUGGACAGUGGUUCAGGUUCUCGAUCAGGUUCUACUCCAGGCUCUCGGUCAGGCUCGACGCCGGGAUCCCACUCAGAGUCUAUCAAGAUGGAGCGAAGUGCAGAGGACGUUGAUAUGGACAUGGACGUUUCUGUCGUGAGUGCUUAUGACGAUUAUGAUGAAAGGUACAUGAGGUCCUCUGUGUUAGACUCCUCUUAUGAAGAAGCUCCUCCUCCGCCUCCUGCCAGUCGUACUCAGGCACCGAGGAGAGAGCAUUUCCGUCUGAGAGACUCUCGGAUAGAAAUCGCAGGUGGGCGUGAGGUGUUUAGUCAUAGUCGAUCACGUCCGGCAAGACGUAGGCACGACGAGUCACAAAGGAGAGGAGGUCAGCAAUCACAUAGGCAACAGUAUCAACAAGACAAGCAGCAGCAACAGGAGCAGCAGUGGCCAGAGUCUCCUGGUGAUAGCGAAGGACAUGGACGCAGUUCUUCUGUAGUAGAAUCUCCUCUAGUAUAUGAAACUCGUCUUGCUGGGUCUUCAGAAGUGGUAUUUGAUGACAUUGGAGAAUGGGUAGCUCGAGGCCUCACAGUUCGUGCCCUUGAUGAUCGCCCUGGUUCUCCUUCUUCCCCUACAGCUGACAGGCAAGGUGAUCAUGCUGAACUUGGGGAUCAAGGUUAUUUAGCAGCUUAUGAAAGGUCAACAUCACCUUCAGACUCAGAUUCUACCCAAGGAUCACCACAAAAGGUCACAAAGAUAGGCAACGUACCAAUAGCCGAGUAUGAAGGUUCACCUCGACGUUAUGGUCCUCGUCCCUCACCUAGAACACACAGUCCUAGGGGCAAUCAUCAUGGGCCUCCUCCAAGACCUCCUCGACCUGGGUUCCCUCGAAGGGUUUUAGCAGAAGAUGAAGUUGCAAGAGAAGCAACCAAAGAACCGUUGCCAUCCGGUGAGGGAACUGCUGCAGCCCAACUUGGGCCUGAUGAAGAAGAGGCAGUGGCUCCCCUUGAAGAUACCACUAGUGAUCCUCCCCCACCAGAUUCGUGUUCUGAAGCUGAAAGUGUAUCGCCUGCUCCGCCCGUUAUAGCCAUAUCUACCCUUACGUCUUCUUACUCUAAUCAAACCUCAGAACCUGAACCUAAUGCUGUAGACUCUGAUAUGUAUGACUAUUCUUAUGAAAUGUCAGAAACUAGGAAAGUUUUAGAAGAGUUUUUCAAAGAACAAGGUGGCCGUGAAGAUGAGUUCCUUGAUUUAGAAUAUCACCUUAAGCGGCAACAAGGUAAUAGUUAUGUAGGGCUGCGCUUAGCAGCAGAGCAUAGUGAAGGUCAAGCUGUUGCUGAGGGUAAUGGUCAACAGCUUGAUCAAGGUGUCAGUAACAGUGAUUUAGACCCCAAUAAAAAUGAUCCAGAACAAAACAGUGGUACUGAUAAUGCAAAUGAUAGUUCAGAUCAACACAUUAAUGUUUCAGAGCAGCAGUGUAGAUCAUCCGAACAGCAACACGUCAAUGGAAGUCCCCCGGCAGUCAACGCAGACCAUGAAUCGGAACACAACACGUCCAAUUAUGAGGUAAGCACUUCAUCACCACUCCUUCACAACUACCAGCACGAUCUGUCCUAUGAAGCACAGCAGGAAACGGCACAAGAUCACACUUUAGAAAUAAUGAGUAACUGCAGUAAUGAUAGUAUUAGCAGCACUAAUAGUGGGGUAGGAGGUACCCAAGAAAAUCUCCAAGAUGAUGUAUCCGAGAAUUUACAAGACUUUAACGAAAACAACGGUUUAUAUGACAAGCUAAAUGAGGUGGUAGCUGCUGCAUUAAGUCGUGAAAACUUCACGGACAACAGGUCUGUGGAGGACCACCCAAGCUCCAGGUCAUGUCCUGAGGACCUUCCUAGCCAGGAUGAUCCAGGUAUCCUUGAUAUAUCUACUGAAGGGGAUCAUGACACUGCUUCCACCAACCCUGAAACAGAAGACCUUCCUGAUACUGAAGUGGGACUCCAGCAAGUGGGACAUUCCCGUAACUUCACCCUUUCACCUGAGACAACAUCAUGCGAUUCUGGAGAGGUGGAGAGUGAGUGUUCAGGGAUGGAUCCUGAGGGCUCCAUCCAUUCUUCGUCUCGGGGCCUGUGUACAGCAAUGCCUGUCUUGGAGGAUGGCCUGUCUUCAGGCGAUGAAAGUGGCAUGGGAGAACCAGAUGAGGAGGAAACUAAAGAUGUCAUAUAUGAAGAGACAUCAGAAGUGUAUCAACAGCAGCAGCAGCAGCAACAGCAACAGUCACCACAGCAGCAGCAACAACAGCAAGAGCAGCAAGCACUACAGCAGCAGCAACAGCGCCCCAUGGUGCGGUCUCUGGACGAUCAGUUGUGCAGGGGUGAGCUGCCACCCCCCAAUCCUCUCCCAAUGCUCAACUCUCAUAAUUCCCCUCUUCCUAAUGCUGCCAGUUCCCCCCAUGCUAAAGUCCGGUCACGGAAUUCUCCUCAUACUAAUAAUACACAGUCUCCCUCCUCUUCAACCCUCACACUCAUGAAGAAGCAGAUUACGGAGAUUGAGAGGGAGAUAGCCCUAAGGAGACCAGAGGGUGGUCCCAGGAGGUGUGGGCUGGAUGGAGAUGGACCUCAGCCCCACCUGGACCUACACCUUCUAGAUCCUCUUAAUGAAAAGGUAGCUGAGCCACCACCGCCUCCUGCACCGCACCCGCAUAGAGGAGCUUCUUCUGGGAAAUCCCAGGUUGUAGAAAAUGGAAGCUCUUCUUCAACCCCUAAUCAGAUGCCAACCACUGCUGUGUCCCCCACCCAUGUUCUUGGCCACCUGCACUCCCCUCAAUACACACCAGUUUCAGGUCCAAGCACAGGUCCUCAUUUAUUAAGUGCUAUGGGAUCAUUAACUAGUCCUGUACAGCACAAGGUUGCACCACAUAUGGUACCAGGCCACCCAGCAUCACAUGAUAUUUUACAUAAUCCAGGUGGAGGAGUAAGCCAAAGCCGAGAAAGUGUUGAAGCAGCCAUAGCAGAUAUCAAACAAGCCAUAAGGAGAACCAAAAAUUUACCCAUAAAAUCCCAUCCACAAGAUAGGUCACCUAUCAAUGACAAAGCUCCAGUUUGGAUACCAAGGAACAACAGCAGUCGACGCGAGACUCAGCCACCACCGCUGCAAGUACAGCAGCAGGGUCAGCAGCCCGCAAGUGGUCAGCAGUCACAGCCGCAGUCGCCACAGACCCCGCAACAGCAGCAGCAGCAGCAGCAGCAACAGCAGGCAGCAGAACAGCAACAGCUGGAAGCAGCUGUAGCCGAGGCCACAAGGAGUCCCGAACACGUGCCUCAUGAAGAUGGUGAGUGGCGACGGCGACCCCUUCAUGCCCAUCAAGACGAUGGCGACACGGAUCAGGAGACAGACCGGCUGCUGGGUCAACAGAGGUCAGAUGACCCUGGCUUCUACGACGAGAAGGGUUGGCGGCGACCGAAAACCCGAACUGUCUUGCCCAGGGCAGCCAACCACAAGGCGAAUGGGGGCGGGGCCACAAGCAACGGCUCCACCCCCUCCACGCCCAGUGGUCAGAGUCACCAAGUUUCAGCCAAUCAGACGCCUUCAUCGCCCCCGGACAUGGCGACUACCAAUAAGAAUAAGAAUAAAAAGGAGAAGGAGACGAACAAAAAGAAAGGUCGUUCAAAAGAAGUGAUGAUCCAUGAACCUGCAGUGCUGAUUGAGGGUGUCCUGUUUCGAGCAAGAUAUUUGGGCUCAACACAGCUUGUCUCUGAGGGGCAGCCCACCAAAACCACGAGAAUGAUGCAGGCUGAGGAGGCUGUCUCUCGUAUCAAGGAUGCAGAUGAUGAUAAGGAAGCGCUGACGGAAAGUCAUGAUCCGGUCCCAUCCCCAGUGCCCCCAUACUCCCCAAGCCCCCAGCAUUCACCUGUUUCCCAGAGUUCUCCUGGCAGUCAUAUUCAGAAUGAUUCUAAUACAUCUAGAGAGUAUGCUAUCCCUGUAGGAAUAUCCACCAGGGAACAUAGCUGCUCACGAAAUUCAGAUUCUCCUCGAACAAAGACAACUAAGUCUCUUUCAUCUCCAAAAUCAAAUGAAAACUUCCAUGUGACUCCUCACAUCAUACAUUCUCCUUUAAGAGGGCAUAGAUAUCCACAGUCACCCCCAGAGAUUCGUCAUACUGGUAAUACCACAGCUUGGAAGCCUAUACCAAAAAUGAGUACAGGAAUUUCUUCUUGUUCAGCUUGUUCUUACAUGACUGAUGUAGGUCCUGCUCAUUCUAUAGUAGCUCCAUUACCUCCUGGUGUUUUAGAAGAGCCUAUUGAAACAGAAAAUACUGCAUUGUUGGCUCUUUCUGAGACAAGAGAAGCUAUGAAUGUCACAGUUGGUGAAGAAGAAUAUGAAGAAGCAGAGGAAGGUGAGGAUGAAGAUGAAGAUGAUGGUGAUCAUGAAGUUGAGGAAGAGGAGGAAGUUGAGGAAGAAGAAGAGGAGGAGGAGGAGGAAGAGGAGGAAGAUGAAGAAGAAGCAAGAGAAACUGAUAAGUUACAAAUACAGAAAGUGUUAAGAUCAGAAGAUGGUGCUGAAGAGGCAGAUGGAAAUCUUAGUACUGAUAGCGAAGAUCAGUGCAUAGAAGUAUUAACAGUUGUACCAGGAGCCAGUGGAGCAGCACCAGAAGAAACCGAGGAGGGAUUAGAUGUGGAGGGUGGAGGAGGAGGGAGCCUGGAGUGGGUUUCGGAGGAGAGUGGGGGUCCUGGGUUGGGACCGGCUGGCACAGUUUUCCACCUGCGUCUGGUGGGGUCAGUUGAUGUUGCAGAAGAGUCAGGUAAAGCUACAACACGCAAGACUACUACGUGCAAGAGACCCAAGAAGGAUAUGGUCAUGGAAGCUGUGGCUCAUUUAAAGGCUCCAGAUGGGGAAACGCAGCCUAGUACAGAAGUGGAUCUUUUUAUCUCCACUGAAAAGAUAAUGGUGCUCAACACAGACCUAAAAGAAAUAAUGAUGGAUCAUGCAUUGCGCACCAUAUCCUAUAUUGCUGAUAUUGGUGACUUGGUUGUGCUGAUGGCACGGAGAAGAGUCCUACCUACUGAUGAUACUGGUAAUAACAUACAAAAAACACCGAAGAUGAUUUGCCAUGUAUUUGAAAGUGAUGAGGCACAGUUUAUUGCACAGAGUAUUGGACAAGCAUUUCAGGUGGCGUAUCUAGAAUUUUUAAAAGCAAAUGGUAUUGAAGAUCAUAGUUUUGUUAAAGAAAUGGAUUAUCAGGAAGUUCUUAAUUCCCAAGAAAUAUUUGGUGAUGAACUUCAAAUGUUUGCUAAGAAAGAGUUGCAAAAGGAGGAGCUAUAUAUCUCAAAGACGGUUGUAGUACCAAAGAUGAAGAGCGAAAUCCUAGGCGUGGUAGUUGUGGAAUCAGGGUGGGGCUCAAUGGUUCCAACUGUAGUUAUAGCUAAUCUUUCUCCAACGGGAGCGGCAGCCAAGUGUGGACAGCUCAACAUUGGUGACCAAAUAAUUGCAAUAAAUGGUGUGUCAUUAGUUGGUCUGCCACUUUCUACAUGCCAGAAUUAUAUAAAGAAUACUAAAUAUAAUACUGCAGUCAAACUUACAGUAGUUCCUUGUCCACCAGUUGUUGAAGUGAAGAUAAGAAGACCAGAUACAAAAUAUCAACUAGGUUUCUCUGUACAAAAUGGUGUUAUAUGUAGUUUAUUAAGAGGAGGAAUUGCUGAACGAGGAGGAGUUCGAGUUGGUCACCGAAUCAUUGAUAUAAAUAGUCAGUCUGUUGUUGCAGUUCCUCAUGAAAAAAUUGUUAACCUUUUAGCAACUUCUGUUGGCGAGAUUCGAAUGAAGACUAUGCCUACUUCAAUUUUCCGCCUUUUAACUGGUCAAGAAACUCCUCAGUAUAUAUAGUGCUUCUUCUUUGAAGAGUUAAAUUCCUACUUAUUGCAACAAAUCAUGUCAUUUUAUUUUUAACUUAGCAUAUCUUUAUCAGUUGACAUAUAAUUGGAAAGCUGAUCAGAUUGUACAGUUUUUAAAACAUUGAUUUUAAACAGUAAUGGUAUGGUAUGUCUCUUUACAUAUUUAUUUUGAUGUGUAUAUACCAUUUUGUAAAGGAAAUGGUUUGAGUCAAAAGUAAGGUUUUAUCAUAAAUAUAUUGACCAACAUAUUUAUUAUGUCAGUGACAUAAGCAGGUCAUAAAUUAUUGCCUUAAAGAUAUUUAAACUACUUUGCAUUGAUUCAAUUAGUGGCACUGGAAAAGCUAUCUUGCUUUCAAAAUUAUAGCAUCAGUGGAAAGUUAAUAGCCUGCUGUUUAACUAACCACAAUGCCUGAAAUACAAUUAAAUAUAAAUGUAACUAUAAAAACUUGUUUUGUUUGGUAAAAGAGUAAUUUUACCAUGUGGGUACACUUACAAUGAAGGAGUCAAGUAAAGUAGCUUUUCUGCUACUCCUUGUGUAAUGAAUUAUUAUUCAAGCUUUCUGGCUGUGCUUUGACUACAUAGCAAUGAGAAAAAGGCAUGAUCUUUUCCAUAAAAUGUGAUUUCAGUGUGUAACUGGUUUUCCACUUGCAUAGACUAGAUAAUGUAUAAUUGAAAUGCCUUCAAUUGAACUAAUACAGUAUCACUGCUAGUUAGGCGUAGUAACUACAAUGUUUAUGGUACCCUUCAUUUAAGCCUAUGGGUGUUAAUAUGUUGAAUUUGAUGAAUAGCUGGAUCACAAAAGAGAAAACACGAACUUUGAACAUAACGUGAUCUGAGUUGCAACCCUCAGUACAGUACCAGUGUUAUACCAAAUAACAGGAACAAUUUCUUUUUCACAUGAAUUAUCACUACUAGUGAUGGUUUACAUAAUAAAAAAGAAAUUAAAUUUCGUAAAGUUCAUUAUAUAAGAAAAUAUGUAUAUGGUGAACUUCAUGGAUAUUCUAAAAUAUUUGGUUAUCCAGUUCUUGAUAAUCCUCAUUGAAUGAAAGUUUUUCAGUCACUGCACAAGUAUCCUUAGUUCAAAGUGUUUUUUAUUUCAAUCCAGGGAAAACUCAGUGAACUGGCAGAGUAGUUGUAUCAACUUUUAUUUUAUUUUUUUUGUGUAGUUGUACAUCAUAGGGAGAUGAUGCAGCCAGUUUUUUUAUUUAUUAAAAGGUAAUGAAAAGUUAACAGAAAAUGCAACUUAAUUUUAGAGGAGCAUAUCAUAAAACUCUAUAUAUAUUAAACUUUUGCAAUUCUUAUGAACUCAUUUGCCAUGAGCUCAUCAUUAUAGAAGAGUUCAGUGGACCUUUGGAAGACUUACAGUAUUGCUGUUAUAAUUCUAAUGUAUGUUGGUUUUUUAACUAUAGUUGAGUCACUUAAUUUUUUUAGUUUAGUGCUUUUCUGACUGCAGUCCUUUUUUUUUCAAUGCUGCCCAUAAAAAGGGCUAUAGCUUGGGUUUUGUUUAUACAUUUCAUUUAAUAUUUCCUAAUUACUGAUAGCAGUUUCAAAUAAGGAAUGCAUUUUAGCAAUUCACAGAAAGAUUCUUAAAAACAUGAGAGCUAUGACAGUAAGGAAAGAGUUUUUCCAUUAGUCCACAGCGUUGAGUAAUGUUUUGCCUUUGUGCCUGAUAUGGAAGAGCAGGUUGACUGUACAGUGUACAUGUGAGUCUCGUAACAAUAAAUUUGUGAUGGUAGGGAAACCUCUGUACAGUAUAAAUAUAUAUAUAUGAAUAUAGUACUAUCAGGUUUGUCUUAUUUUUUAUUAUACAAUAAAUAGAUAAGACAUGAGUAGCCUUACCCAUGUUCAAUAUUUAUAAUGUCCAUAUUGUGUUAUUUAUGUAUUUUUCCUCUUAAUUACUCUUGAACAUCUUCUUGCAUCAUGUGUGCACAAGCUGUCAGGUGAAGUACUGUACUAACAUACCUAUUGCUCUCUAUAACCUGAUAACAUUCUGAUUUUCUUUUGCGAGCAUCAUCACUCUCCGUAGUGGAGGAUUCCUCUGCUUGCUUCAUUAUAUGUCACUAGGCCACAUAAUUUAAGAUGACUUUGGUAUACUAUAUCAUGGAUGGAAAAAUGCAGUAAAAAUGCUUCUUCCUUUCCAAGAAAAAUCAACAUAAAAGCAUCAGGUAAAUUUUCUGUAAACAUAACUAUAAAAUAAUGAAUGAUGGCUGAGUGUAAAAAAAUAAAUGGCAGCAGCAUUAGUAAUGUAAUAAAGAUUUGUCAGCUCAUAUUUGCAACUGUUAGUUUGAUCAUUAUGUGCUACCCAGUUUAAAUCUACUCUCUAAUGCCUAACAGAAAUAUAUGCUGGUAUAUUGGAAUCCUACAUCUACUCUAUCAACAGUGAAAAUCACUUGUAUAUCAAAUGGAAAGUGUGUCUUAUAGGUAUGCAAGAUAGUGUGUAAGGUCAAGUACAACUUGACUGAAUGAACCCCCAAAUGACAAAUGCUGAUUUUGGAUGGUUCAUUAUAAAAAGUAUUCUUCAAAAUGAUUCACUGCUUUAAAACUACAGUAUUUUAGAAAUAACUUCAUAUUUGCUUGCCUUACACCCUUUCUUCCUAGAAAAAACUAAAUGGUGCAUUUAAAAAAUCACCAUACAGUAAAAGAAAAUCACUGUUUUAUGGGAGAGGGAAUUAGCUGCUCGAACAAAAAAUAUGAAUAAAAACAUUCCAAGAUAAUAGACUAAACCUUUUCCUUGGAUUGGAUUAACUGUGUGGCGAUUUGCUGGUGUAACCUGUUUCAACAUGAAAAACCAAAGUUUGCGAUCAGAUAUACAUUAAGGAAACUAUUGUGAUGUCACCACGUUGUGUGCCAUAUGUAAUGAAGUCUGUUCUGCCAGUCAGUUCUUAAUAAAAUGGUUGUUAAAC